AUGGACUUAGCUCAGAUCAUUGCUCGAUGUUCUUGUCUGAUGGUUAAAUUGGCAGAUUGUUUUGAUCACUUUAAGCAUCCAAUUAAUGAUGUUUCGCUAAUUAUCAGCGGGCAGAACAUGGUGUUUAAUUAUUUUACCCUUCAGUCUCAGUUGUUUAUUGAUUUGAACCCCCCACAAAUGGCAGCCUUUUCAUACCCAAAAAGCAGAAGUGGGAAAUUUUCCGCCAGUGCUGAGAUGAGAAGUUGA